CCCUCCAUUCUCAGGGUUCGCAUUGCAAGCCACACCCCCCAAAAGAAAUCAGCCUUCCUGCCUUUUACUAUGUGUAAUGCAGCGGGGUGGGGGUACAGGGGGGAGCCUUUCUGCAGAGGGAGCACCGGCAGAGUUUGCAUUGCAAGAUCUCCUUUGCUGCGCCCUUCCCGGCCUUUGAGGGAAUAGAAAUGGGAGGGCCACCAAGGGCUGGGACUUGAACCUAGGCCUCAAUUCCGCGACCCUCUGCAUGUUCUGGGUUCCCCCUGGCAGGAAUCCCUGGGGCGCUCCUGGCUCCGCCCGGGAACUCAGGCAAGGCUUGGUGGGUCUCCUUUGUCUAGAGCAGGCAUCCCCAAACUUCGGCCCUCCAGAUGUUUUGGACUACAAUUCCCAUCUUCCCCGACCACUGGUUCUGUUAGCUAAGGAUCAUGGGAGUUGUAGGCCAAAACAUCUGGAGGGCUGCAGUUUGGGGAUGCCUGGUCUAGAGAUGGGGUGCCCAAGCUUUUUUCGAAGAGGGUCAGAUUUAAUGACAUGAACAUGCAUGAGGGCCAACCAAAGUUGUUGACCUUUUUUACGAUUUUAUCCCUGGUCUAGAGAGAGGGAGUCCAUGGAAGGGUUAUUGGAGACGAGAGAGGCCUGGAUAGAGACCUCACCCUGUCUCCCUCCUCUCCCCCCUACCUGCCACAAGUCCACUGAUUGGGAGAGAUUUGGCGGGAGGGCAGAGGAAGUUGGGGGGCUGAGGGAGGAAGUGUGAAGCAUCCCUGGGGGAGGAAUCGAAGCCAUCUUGGAGAAAGAGAGACUUGGGGUCUGCCUGCGUUGAUUUCUCCUUCCUGCCCAGGAAUCUGACAUGACUUCAAGUCGGCCCUGAUCCACCCACCCUCUCUUCCCUUGAAGCUCAGGCCUUGCCUUGCCAUAAGUCCCAGAUCAGCUGCUGCAUGGGGUGCUGGGGGUGUUAUAGCAAGUCUAACCAUUGGGGGAAAGAGGAAAGGGAGGGUGCCCACUCUAUUAUUUCCGACCUUUGAGGCUUUUGUCUUGGCAAUAACAGUCUCACCCACAUGCCUGUGUUUCUGUGAAGAAACAUCAAAAGGGUUCCUACCCAGAGAUAACUGUUCCCCACUUCUCUCCAUUCCACCAGGUUUCCCUUAUUCCCACUAUAUCAGUUGUCACGUCUGUGGGAUUUAAGCUAUUGGGAAGAUUGCUAUGGAAAUGAGUGGGGUUCCCCCAAGCCUGUGUAAUCAUUAUUGCAAUUGUUAUUUUUUAUUUAUUUAUUGAAUUAUUAGUCACUUUCCCUUGCCCAGGACAGCCCAAAGGGACUUACAACAGUUGUUGUUGUUGUUGUUGUUGUUGUUAUGUUCCAUGGUGACACUCCACUCUUCUUUGUCCUGUUUCCUAUACUUCGGGGGGCACAGAGAAGGCUGUUCUCAGGGCCUGCUCCACUGUUAAGCAGGAGGCAGCAGAUGCAGUGAAGGGCAAGGAGGGGACUGAGCUGAGUGUCAUUUGGCUUGUCCUGAUUUAACCCUCUAUCCUCUCAUCCAGUGGAAGGUGUGGUUCCAUUACCAGUGUCCAAGACACAAUACAGCAGCCUCGGGAAGUCAAUGGUGCAGGGUGAUUUGGGAAUGUGUGCAGUUGGACUAUAUCAGGAAGAUGUUGGAGAUCAUGGAGGAAGGAGGAAAUGAAAUACAGCUAUUCAGCAUUUUCAGAAGAGGGGGAAGAAGGGGAGGGUGUGUCCCACUAGAUAAGACUCCCAUCAUCCCUGGCCAUGGGCCACCCUUGCUUUGGCAGGUGGUGCUUUGUGUCCAACCACAUCUGGAGGGUCAGAGAUGCCUCACCUCAGCAUAGAAGGUUCCUCUAGGGCAGCAUUUCUCAACCUUGGAUUCCCAGAUGUUAUUGCACUGCAACUUCCAUAAACACUGACCACUGGCCCUGAUGGCUAGGAAUGAUGGGAAUUGUAAUCCCACAACAUAUAUGUGGUCGUCAACAGGUUUACCACACCUAUCAGCCAAUCACCCAUUCCCACCACCCUUUUGAGUAAUACCCUUGGCACCCUCCCACUAUAUAUAAGGGUCUGGUGACUUAGAUGGUCUCUUAAGGAGCUACUGGAAGGAAUUUUUCUAUUUUAUUUUUUAUCUAGACCCUAACACUAUAAAUCCAAUGUGCCCACACUCAGCAGGGGUGGAGGAUUAUUGUGCGGAGGAUGAAGAACUUCAUGGUGAAUUUAGGACCCUGAUGAAAAAUGGGCAGGUUCAUGGACAUAGAGCAGCUCCCUUUCAUGUGAGAAACUACUUUUUAUUAAAAGUAAACCCCACAGUUCAACCGUAUUGUAAGAUAAUGCUGCUUCAUUAACGUUGAUUGAGGUUUAGGAAAGGCUGAUGAUGCAUUGCAAUUAUUUGACAUUAUUUCAUUUGCCUUUCCUAAAAAAUUGUAACAUAUGGAGGACAGGAGAUAAUACAGUCAUAUCUCGGUUUAAGUACACUUCGGUUUGAAUACUUUCAGUUUAAGUACUCAGCGGACCUGUCUGGAACGGAUUAAUCCACAUUCCAUUACUUUCCAUGGGAAAGUUCGCUUCAGGUUAAGUGCGCUUCAGGUUAAGUGCACUUCAGGUUAAGUACAGACUUCUGGAACCAAUUGUGUACUUAAACCGAGGUACCACUGUAUACAAUAUGUUAAAAUAAGAGAAGGUGCUAAUUGAUGUGUGUAAUAUUCCUUUGUUCUCUUCCUAGAAAACAAAUAGGAUUCCCCACCCGCCUGUCAAAAGAAGACAAUGGAGAAGGCAGUCAAAAUUCUGGCGGGCCAAAUCCAAUGGGAAUAACGAAGAAACCAUUUAAAUACAUGGAGUGUGGGAAGAGGAGAGGAUAAACAAUUUGAAAGUAUGGAGUGUGGAAAGAACUUCAGUCAGAGUGGAGACCUUAGAAAACAUCAACGAACUCACACAGGAGAGAAACCAUUUAAAUGUAUUAAAUGUGGAAAGCGCUUCAGUCACAGUGGAAACCUUAGAAGUCAUCAACGGACUCACACGGGGGAGAAACCAUUUAAAUGCAUGGAGUGUGGAAACAGCUUCAGUCACAGUGGAAACCUUAGAACACAUCAACGGACUCACACAGGGGAGAAACCAUUUAAAUGCAUGGAUUGUGGAAAGAGCUUCAGUAAGAGUGGACUCCUUAGAAGUCAUCAACGGACUCACACGGGGGAGAAACCAUUUAAAUGCAUGGAGUGUGGAAACAGCUUCAGUCACAGUGGAGGCCUUAGAACACAUCAACGGACUCACACAGGGGAUAAACCAUUUAAAUGCAUGGAGUGUGGAACGCACUUCAGUCACAGUGGAAGCCUUAGAAGACAUCAACGGACUCACACGGGGGAGAAACCAUUUAAAUGCAUGGAUUGUGGAAAGAGCUUCACUGACAAUGGAAGCCUUAGAAUUCAUCAACGGACUCACACGGGGGAGAAACCAUUUAAAUGCAUGGAGUGUGGAACGUGCUUCAGUCAGAGUGGACUCCUUAGAAGUCAUCAACGGACUCACACGGGGGAGAAACCAUUUAAAUGCAUGGAGUGUGGAACGUGCUUCAGUCAGAGUAGACUCCUUAGAAGUCAUCAACGGACUCACACGGGGGAGAAACCAUUUAAAUGCAUGGAUUGUGGAAAAAGCUUCAGUCACAGUGGAAGCCUUAGAAGACAUCAACGGACUCACACAGGGGAUAAACUAUUUAAAUGCAUGGAGUGUGGAAUGUGCUUCAGUCACAGUGGACUCCUUAGAAGUCAUAAACGGACUCACACGGGGGAGAAACCAUUUAAAUGCAUGGAUUGUGGAAAGAGCUUCAGUCACAGUGGAGGCCUUAGAAGUCAUCAACGGACUCACACAGGAGAGAAACCAUUUAAAUGCAUGGAGUGUGGAACGUGCUUCAGUCAGAGUGGACUCCUUAGAAGUCAUCAACAGACUCACACGGGGGAGAAACCAUUUAAAUGCAUGGAAUGUGGAAAGAGCUUCAGUCGCAGUGGAACCCUUAGAACACAUCAACAGACUCACACAGGAGAGAAACUAUUUACAUGCAUGGAAUGUGGAACAUGCUUCAGUCAGAGUGGAAGCCUUAGAAUUCAUCAACGGACACACACAGGAGAGAAACCAUUUAAAUGCUUGGAGUGUGGAAACAGCUUCAGUCACAGUGGAGGCCUUAGAAUUCAUCAACGGACUCACACAGGAGAGAAACCAUUUAAAUGCAUGGAGUGUAGAAAGAGCUUCAGUCGGAAUGGACAGCUUAGAAUUCAUCAACGGACUCACACAGGAGAGAAACCAUUUAAAUGUAUGGAAUGUGGAAAGAGCUUCAGUCACAGUGGAGGUCUUAGAAUUCAUCAACGGACACACACAGGAGAGAAACCAUUUAAAUGUAUGGAAUGUGGAAAGAGCUUCAGUCACAGUGGAGGCCUUAGAAUUCAUCAAAGGACUCACACAGGAGAGAAACCAUUUAAAUGCAUGGAAUGUGGAAAGAGCUUCAGUCACAGUGGAGGCCUUAGAAUUCAUCAACGGAUUCACACAGGAGAGAAACCAUUUAAAUGCAUGGAAUGUGGAAUGUGCUUCAGUUGGAGUGGACUUCUUACAAAACACCAACAAACUCAUACAGGGGAGGAAACCAUAUAAGUACUAUGGAAGUAGUUAGUAUGGAAUGCUUUUCAAAACAUCUACCGAAUUCCAUGGGGUGGAACCAUUUAGAGUGCAGAACAUUUUUCUCUCUGAUUUUACUCUUUCCUUCAAAUCAGUAACAGGAAAUCAAUCUUAAAUGCAUGCAGCAUCUAUGAACUUUUGUAGUUUAUAUGUAACGUUGUUUAGACAUGUAUUUAAAGUAAUGAAGGUAACAUUUCACAAUAGUAAGCAUAAUAUAAUAUUUAAUGUAUUUUUAGAUAGGGAGGGGGAGUGUGUAAGUCUGGAGUGUUGCUGCUGAAUGAGGAGUGAGCUGGUUUUGGUGUUUGGUGGAGGGAGUUGGAAAUGUUUGUAUCCAGGAAUGGAGAGUUGCACAAAGUGGAGCUGAGAUUGGUGGUGUUGCUUUGGAAGCAGAGUUUGUUAGAUUAAUAUGAUAGGAACAGCAGCAUAACUCUCCCACUGUUAUAAUUGCAAUAAUGGAGUCAUGACUCAGAAAGACUGAAAGCACCUACCGGUACUAUAUGCCCAAGUUAAUCUUGAAACCCUCACCUUUUCCUUUGAUUUAUAGAUAUACUAGCUGGCCCUGCCACACCUUGCAGUGGCUAAUCGCUGUGACCGCCCCCACCCUGUCCCGAUCCAUGACCUAUUCUGUCCCCCCCCCGCUCAUCCCUGUGAAUCACCCAACACUGUCCUGACGUACAUCCAGUCCCCUCCUCCCCCCAACACCCACGCAGGCGAGUCAGUAUCUCCAUUUGGCCUAAUCUGUAAAGGCUUUGGCCUAGGAGGAGGAAGAGGAAGAGGAGUGGGUGGGAUUAUGGCAAUAUUUGCCAUCUGUUCCUUUGAUGUCAACUUGAGGUGCAAUAUUUAGCCUUUUUUGACAGAGAAAAUCACGUUUUUAGGUGUGUUAGGGGUGGGAUUUUAUGAAUCUAAGGUUCUGCAAACACACUCGUAUUGGCAAGGAACAGUGUGUCCAAAUUUGUGUGAAAUUGGGCAACCGGUUUCGAAGAACAUUGGACUAUAACAAACAUGGACCUUCUACAUUUAUAUAUAUACUAGCUGACCCGGCCACGCGUUGCUGUGUUUCUUUCCUGUGAUCCCCACCCCACCCUGUCCCGAUCCAUGACGUAUCCUGCCCCUCCUCCCUCCACUCCGGCUCAUCCCUGUAUUUCGGUAGGAUACCCUUCCUUCUGUUGUCCCUGGGGAGUGUUGGCCCCUCCCCCAUGUAUCUCCAUUCCUUGGCCCCCACCCUUCGAUAAGGAACUGUUAGGUUCUGGGUUCUAUUUCCCAGCAUGCACUUUUGUCUGAGCCCUCUGUUGCCCCCUCCCCCCUGUAUCUCCAUACAUUGGCCCCUGCGCACGCAUCGUGAACAUUUCUAUAUAUUUAGAUUAAGGAGCGGGGGUGAUGAUGCACCCUGGGACCCAGAGAACUACUUAAAGAAUCCCAACCCGGGACAGGCCCAGACAGAAGGAGGGGGGUCAUAUGGGCCACUUGGCGUGGGCCUCCAAAUCUAAAGGGGGCCUUGGUCAGCAUAUUCACAAUCAGUAAAAUGAAAAAACUAACAAAAGGGUUAAAAACAGGGCCACAUUAUCUAUCUGGCCCGGGCCCUGUAAGGGCCUGGCAACAGAAGGCGCGUUCUGAAGUACCCGAGUUGUUCAGUUCCAUAAAAAACCCAGUAAGUGGGAAGGGGAAGGGGAAGGUAGGGGAUUGUAAAUGGGGUGGGGGGUGGCCACUGCAAAUAUCUGAGGACUUAAAAUGGGGAGAGAAAGUGCAUGGUUGUUGUUGUUGUGUGUUUUUUUAAAGUUGCAGAGGCUUACAAUCAGUUGUUUCUCCUAAAAUAAGACAUACCCAUAAAAUAAGCCAUAGCAGGAUUUUUAAGCAUUUGCGCAAUAUAAGCCAUACCCCAAAAAUAAGACAUAGUGAUAGGCGCAGUUCUGGAGGGCCCCAAGGAAGAGGUAAGGCUGGGCGCGUAAUAAAAAAUAAGACAUCCCCUGAAAAUGAGCCAAUUAUUUUCAGCCGGGGUUUGUGGGUGUGGCGCAUUGUUGUGGCUAAUCCCUGUGACUGCCCCCACGUGUCCCGAUCCAUGAUCUAUUCUGUUCCCCCCCCCUCCAUGACCGGCGUAUCUCAUGAUGUUUUGAAGGAUAGUAUUUACUUUUGUCUUGUGGAUUUUGGGGGGGGGGGGUAGUGGUGCUAAAUUGUAAAGUAAAAACCCCUUGCCAUGCCCCCAAGUGCAUUGCUGUGGGUUAUCUACCCCCCCCACCCUACGUCAGCCCAUGACCUAUUUGGGCUCCUUCUCCCCCCACCUCCCACCCAGGGCUCCAUUCGGGAUAGUAUUUAAAGGGCUGUAGAGCUGAGGCCUAGUCUGUAAAAUGGAGCCUUGGCCUCCUGUUUUACAGGAUCUCGUGGCAGAGGCGGGGUUUAUGGGUGUGGUGCGUUGUGGCUAAUCCUUGUGACUGCCCCCACGUGUCCCGAUCCAUGAUCUAUUCAGUUUGUCGCCGUCCCCCUCCAUGCCCGGUGUAUCUCAUGACGUUUUGAAGGAUGGUAUUUAUUUGUGUCUUGUGGAUUUUUGGGGGGGGGGAUAGUGUUGCUAAAUGGUAAAGUAAAAACCCCUUGCCGGCCAGGGGCCUACAUAAAUCAAAGGCCGUGCUGCGGUCUGUGCCACUCCCCCCCCCCAGGCAGGCCCCGACCUCCACUUGGCAAUGUUGGUUUUUUGGUGGUUUUUUUUGGGAGGGGUAGUGGUGCUAAAUGGUAAAGUAAAAACCCCUUGCCGUGCCCCCAGGUGCGUUGCUGUGCCCCCCCGGGCUGUCAGGGGCCUACAUAAAACAGAGGCCGUGCUGCGGCCUGUGAUAAUGGCCGCCUUGGUGGUUUCAGUUGCUUGGUUGAUGAUGAUGUCAUUUGGUUUGUGGGUUUGGCUUAGAUUUCACAGGAAGGGAGGGGGUGUACUGUGGGAGGAAUUCCACUUGAGGGCGCUGUUUGACUUGGUGGAAAUCCAGCUCUGUACCUGCCCAGGUGUGUGAUUUGAGGGAUUUUUGUCCCCAACAACACGCGGGGAGUGGCCUGGAUCAUUGUGUCAAAAUUUCAAGACGAUCGGUCAAGCGGUUACGGAGAAAAGUGGAACCUGGAUUUUCACGAUAUUUACAUUUAUAUAUAUAUAAUUGUGUAUACAGUAGAUAUAUUUGAUGGCAGGAGAAGUAAAAGGGGUGUUUAGUGGCAUAACCAGGAAAGGCUCUGUUCCUAGGUGCACGUCUUGCAUGAGGAGGGAAGGGGCACAGGGAAGAAGGGGCCGUAUCAGAGCAUCUCAAAGCAAUGUGCUGGUGGGGGCAUGGUGACCCAAGUGUGUGUAGAAUGCUAUCCCCAAAAAGGCACAGGGGAGAAACAAUAUGGAUGAGUAUAAUGUGGAAGGAGGUUCAGGCAGGUCCCAAACCGAGAGCGCUGAGGGUCAACUUCCUCCAAAUCCACCAGCUGCCCCAAGACAGGAGCCACCUCUGGGCUCUGAGGGUGGAAAGCCUCCCCUCCACCUUUGCAAAAGGACAUGAUCCAAGGGAGUCCUUCUGACAGCAGACCACAAUGCGCCAUCAUGUACUGGCUGGAUGCAGAAGAGGGGGGAGACCACUCUUCACACUCCUAAAUUUUCCACGAUUCCUGCUUCAUUGGAUUCCAUGGGUUCUAGUUUUAUGAGGGGGUGGAGCUUUUCUUUAUCCUCUUUCUCCCUGCUCUCUGAUCAGUCGCUCCUUCCUCGUCUUCUCUCCAAACUAAAAGGUCCCAAAUGCUGAACUGUGCACAGUACUCCAAAUGUGUUCACGCCAUAGAUAUGCACGACUCCCUUAGGAUAGUAGCAGGUGUGUGUUUUGCUAAAUGCAGAAUGGUUCUUUUAUUAGAUUCAGAAGCAAUACAAGUGCAAGUGGAGUGAGAAGUUGUACAGAUUUUGUUCUGAACAGCAAGAAAUAUAUGCAUUACCAUCUCAAGCUA